GAUCACUCGUUCAAAGAAUUUCGGACGUUAGGUUUCCCACUCGAUCCUUUAUUUUAUAGAAUUCUGGACACUAGGUUUUGUUCUUAAUAUAUUUAUGGAGUAUGCAUAGACACGCUAACAAGAUAUCUCAACUUUCACUUGUAGCAGAAUAUGAUGAUGUAAUAAGAAAGUAUGAAUUUUUAAGAAGUAGUUGGGAUGAGCAGAACAAAGCUUUUAUAACUUAUGUUAAGGAUGUUGAAUCGAAAAGGGCAGACUGGAGUGAAAGACUGGGGGAUAGGGAGUCUGUAGUUAAGCAACUUGAAAGCGAAAAUGCGACUUUAGCGACAAAGCUAAAACACGCCAGGAGUCUCAUCGAAUCUGAAACACACAGGCGACAACUUGCAGAACGUGAAAGGGAUAAUUUGGAUCGACAAGUUAAUUUAAUCAGAGAAUUACUAAGAGAUAAGAGAAAUAAUAACACGUUACAAUUAAAUGAAGAUGAACGCUCUCGCUUAGCCUUCCUAAAUAGUACAUUAGUUCGAGGUGAGAGUGUUCCAAACGCUCUCAGUAGAAUAGAAGAAUCGAACGAUUCCAUUCUAUCGCAAGAUAUAAGUUAUGAUAAAACGGACGAGGAUCUUGAUGAAUUGAGUGUCAGCUACUUACGAAGUGGGAAAAAGUGGAAAAGGCCUUCGGCACCACCAAUGCCUGGAAGUAAUGGAUUAAUCGAGGAUUUCGCUCCUCCAAUGAAAAAGGAUCGAACCAGCAGAGAGUUGAAAGAGCCUGGACGUAGGAGAUCAAAAUCUGCUGAGAUUCGAGCAAAAGUGAAAGUAGAUGAGGAAGGUAAUCUAGAAGCGGAAGCUGAAAUAACGAGCGGAAAGAAAAAGAAAAAAAUCCGUCAUUCCUCUGGACCAUCGCCCAUUGUAAAUGGACAUACGCCAGGUUACUCACCAUCGCUUAGUACAGGGACUUUGCGAAGGGCCCCGGGAUCUGCUUCUAGCUUGACAAGACCGCACAACUUCCAAUCAAAAACUCUCUUUGGUCGGGCUGAGACUUGCGGUGUGUGUGAUAAGAAAAUGAGAUUUGCUAAGACGGCCUAUAAAUGUAAAGAUUGUAAAGCAACUGUUCACACUACUUGCCGUGACGAAUUACCGCUACCCUGUAAUCCAAUUAGUACUCCGGGUUCUCCUGGUUCUUCUCACGUUCCACUCACAAACAUUAAAUUGGCUGAAUUAGCGCCGUAUCAGCCACCAUAUGUCCCAGCAAUCAUCAUUCAUUGUAUAAACGAGGUUGAACAUCGUGGCUUAGCAGAAAAGGGUAUUUAUAGACUAUCUGGAAGUGACAAAGAAGUUAAAGAAUUGAAAGAGAAGUUCUUAAGAGGACGAGGCACUCCCAAUCUAUCUAUCAUCUCUGAUAUUCAUGCUAUUUGUGGAUGUUUAAAGGAUUUCCUGCGUUCCCUAUCCGAACCUCUCUUGACAUAUCGUCUGUGGGAACGAUUUGUUAAAGCAGCGGAAGAUAGUAGUGAUGGAGAAGCUGGACUCUAUCAAGCAAUAAGCGAACUACCACAAUCUAAUCGAGACACACUCGCCUACUUAAUCAUUCAUUUACAGAAAGUUUGCGAAUCACCUCAAACUGGAAUGUCAGCCUCAUCUCUGGCUAAGAUGUUUGGACCAUCAGUCGUUGGCUACUCGGUCCCAGAGCCGCAGCCAAUGGAGAUGAUUGCUCAAACUCGACAACAGCAUAUCGUCAUGGAACGCCUCUUAAAGAUUCGUAACGACUACUGGUCAACUUUCAUUAAUAUAACGAUGGACAGCACUAAUAGCAACGUUCCCCCACUUACUCCUCCAUGCCCUCGUUCAGCUCGUCGUAAACCUUCAAAGUACUUCGGCCCAUUGGAAUAA